ACAUACAUAUAUAUUUGUAACUAUGUGAUAAUUAAUUAAUUAAUUAAUUAACUCGAAGCUGGGCGUAGUUAAAUUCGAACGAAUCAACAGGGUUGCACGGUGUUAAAUUGUUGUUGUGUUUGUGUUUGUUAGCACUACGAUGGAUGCGUAUUGAUGACCAAAUAAUCCAUUCUUGAUGAAUAAUUGCCCUUCCAUCCAUAUAUAUAUGAGCUCGCGCUGCGGCCGCUUCUGCUCAUCCUGCGUCGCACAGCAGAGAAGAGAAGCGAAGCGAAACGAAACACUCGUCGCGAGCGAGAUCGAUCUCGAAUCGGAAUCGCAGUCCGGCGGCGGCGGAGGGGUUGGGUUAUCUAGGGAGGGAGUGUUGUGGUAGCGGUGAGAUUUGUGGGGGGGACGGGGAUGGAGGCGGCGCAGGCGAUGGAGGCGGGGAGGAAGCUGCCGGCGAGGCACGGGGGCCACCCGCACGGGAGGAGCGGCGGCGUGGGGAGGACGGCGCACAGCAUGUCGUCGUCGUCGCUGCGGAAGAAGUCGGACGCGGCGCUGGUGCGCAAGGUCCCCGUGGCGCCGCUCCGCCCCGUCCUCGCCAACCUCCAGGAGGUGUUCCUCGGCACCAAGCUCGCCGUCCUCUUCCCCGCCGUCCCGCUCGCCAUCGCCGCCCAGUGCUUCCGCUUCGGCCAGGUGUGGGUAUUUGCUCUUAGUUUACUGGGCCUCAUCCCUCUCGCUGAGCGAGUCAGCUUCCUGACAGAGCAGAUUGCACUCUACACCGGUCCCACCGUGGGCGGGCUGCUGAACGCGACGUGCGGCAACGCGACGGAGCUGAUCAUCGCGCUGUUCGCGCUGCUCAAGGGGAAGAUCGAGGUGGUGAAGUGCUCGCUGCUGGGCUCCGUGCUGUCCAACCUGCUGCUCGUCCUGGGCACCUCCCUCUUCUGCGGCGGCGUCGUCAACCUCGGCGCCGAGCAGCCCUACGACCGGAAGCAGUCCGACGUCAGCACGGGCCUGCUCAUCCUCGGCGUGCUCUGCCAGUCCAUGCCGCUGCUGCUCCGCUACGCCGUCGGUGCCGGCGAGCACUCCGUCGCCGCGGCCACCGCGGCGCUCGACCUCUCCCGCGCCUGCAGCUUCGUCAUGCUGGCGUCCUACGUCGCCUACCUCUUCUUCCAGCUCAAGACGCACCGCCAGCUCUUCGAGCCGCAGGAGGUCGACGGCGAUGGCGCCGACGCCGGCGGCGCCGACUACGAGGAGCCGGCGCUCGCGUUCUACAGCGCGCUCUUCUGGCUCGUCGUCAUGACCGUCGUCAUCUCCGUCCUCUCCGAGUACGUCGUCGGCACCAUCGAGCCUACCUCGCAGUCCUGGGACCUCUCCGUCAGCUUCAUCAGCAUCAUCUUGCUCCCCAUCGUCGGGAACGCCGCUGAGCAUGCCGGCGCCAUCAUAUUUGCACUCAAGAACAAACUGGACAUCACUCUAGGGGUAGCUCUGGGAUCGGCCACCCAGAUAUCCAUGUUCGUGGUGCCACUGAGUGUCCUCGUGGCCUGGAUCAUGGGGAUCCAAAUGGAUCUUGACUUCAAGCUGCUGGAGACCGGCUCUCUGUUCAUCGCGGUGCUGGUGACGGCCUUCACCCUGCAGGAUGGAACAUCACAUUACUUGAAGGGGGUUCUCCUCCUCCUGUGCUACAUUGUCAUCGGUGCAUCCUUUUUCGUUGCGAGACAACCUGCAGGUCAUGCAAACAACAAUGGAACCUUGCUGGAUGUGCCAAACAGCUCCAUGAAUGUACAGGUCGCAUGAUAGAUCGAGGCCUAGCUGAACAAAACAGCAUGAGGGGACAACAAGCAAUGUACCUAAAGGCUGCCAGGUCACCUGGGAGGAUAGCUCUUUAUGUGCCAGCAAGAAAGAUCAUCAUGAGUGCAUGACCAUCAGAGCUUUCCGGAGGAAUGCAUAGAUCUUAGGAAGAAAUGCAUGUCAAGGUGUUGCUAAUCAUUCUCUCUUAUAUUGGGGGUUUAGGAUAAGCAUGCAAUAAGGAUAUCAAUACAUAUUUGUGCCCAACCCUAUAUCCAGUGUACAUGAGAAGCAUCUCCAUGUAUGCAGAUCUUAAUAAGAUAGUAUUUGUGGUGCAAA